AACCCGAAGUCUAGGGUUUCGUUAGUGGUAAGCUCUGAAGCUAAUCUAGGUUUUGUAAAAUCCAUCAGCGAUGGAACAGCAGAUCUCGGAGAAUCUAUCAUCAACAACGUCCAGAAGUGAAACGCAGUUCUCAGAACCACCAAUCCCUAACGAUCUGAUUGUCGAGGUAUUCUCUCGAGUCCCGGGAAAGUCUAUAGCUAGGUUUCGAUGCGUAUCUAAAUACUUGGCAUCGAUCCUUCGUCGUCAUGAUUUCACCGAGUUGUUUUUGACCAAGUCUUUGACUCGUCCACGUCUCCUUUUCACCGUGAAAGCUAAGGGAAAGUUGUUGCUCUACUCUACACCUCAGCCUCAUAAUCCAGACGAUAACUCUUGUCUUGUAGCUACUCCAUAUCAUACGUCUUUUCCCGAAUAUUUUCCAUCUGAUAUGUGUAGCACAGUUUGUGGAUUGGUAUUGCUUCAGGAAUAUUGGAAAAUAAAGGUGCGGGUGAUUUGUAACCCUGUCACAGGACAGUUCUUAACCUUACCCAAAGUUCUUCUAAAAGAAAAGAACUUGCCCAAAGUGGAAGCCAAGAGAAACCGAGCAGAGAUUGAAGGAAUGUAUUUAGGGUAUGAUCCAAUCGGGAAACAGUUCAAAGUGUUGUGUAUGACCUCGUCACGUGAUGAAAGACCAAACACCCAUCAGGUUUUGACAUUG